AUGCUCUCAGUGGCUGUUCGAAAUUGUCUCCGUUUGUCUGGCAGGCGCUGUCUUUCCCAAGCGCUAAAUCAUGACUCGGAAGCAAAGCUUGCCGACUCUAAGCUUCCGAUGGACGAACAACUUGAUCCAUCGUUCUUUCAAAGUGUUGAGUACUAUGUCGAUAAAGGAGCAAAGGUUCUUGAGCCGAAGCUCAUAGCUGAAAUGAGUGACGCAAAUAUGAGCAGUGAAGAAAAAAAGAUGCUUGUGAAAGGCAUUUUUGCUGCUAUAAAACCAGUGAAUAAAGUUCUGUAUGUGGCCUUUCCUAUCCGACGGGAGGAUGGAAGGUUCGAGAUGAUUGAAGCUUGGCGUGCGCAACACAGUGAGCAUAGGACACCGACAAAGGGAGGCAUCCGGUACUCCACUGACGUUUGUGAAGAUGAAGUGAAAGCACUUUCAGCCUUAAUGACUUACAAGUGUUCAGUUGUUGACGUUCCAUUUGGAGGAGCAAAAGGUGGGGUAAAAAUAGAUCCGAGCAAGUAUUCUUCAUAUGAAAUCGAAAAGAUUACACGACGUAUUGCGGUUGAGUUUGCCAAGAAAGGUUUUUUGGGACCAGGAGUAGACGUACCAGCUCCUGACAUGGGUACUGGAGAGCGAGAGAUGAACUGGAUUGCUGAUACGUACUCACAAACUGUUGGUCAUCUUGUACAUGAUGCGUUUGCUUGCAUAACUGGGAAAUCCAUCGUUGCUGGAGGUAUUCAUGGACGUACGUCAGCCACAGGCCGAGGAGUCUGGAAAGGUUUAGAAGUUUUUCUAAAUAAUGAAGAGUAUAUGUCUAAAAUAAAGAUGCCUACGGGGUUUGACGGGAAAACUUUCAUCAUUCAGGGUUUCGGCAAUGUUGGUUUACAUACUAUGAGGUAUUUCCAUAGAGCUGGAGCGAAAUGUAUAGGUGUGCAGGAAAUCGACUGCGCUUUAUACAAUUCCGAAGGUAUACAUCCAAAAGAACUUGAGAACUGGAAGGAUAAGCAUGGAACGAUUAAAGGUUUCCCUGGCGCGAAGAGCUUUGAGCCAUUUGAUGAGCUCAUGUAUGAAAAGUGUGACAUAUUCGUUCCAGCAGCUUGUGAGAAGGUCAUUCACAAAGGAAAUGCGAGUAAAAUAAAAGCGAGGGUAAUUGCUGAGGCAGCUAAUGGUCCAACUACACCAGCUGCUGACAAGAUUUUGCUGGCUAGGGGUGACUGUCUUUUGGUCCCAGAUUUAUUUGUUAAUAGUGGUGGUGUUACUGUAUCUUACUUUGAGUGGCUGAAAAACCUCAAUCAUGUAAGCUUCGGCCGCUUGACUUUCAAAUAUGAACGGGACUCCAAUUACCAUCUUUUAGACAGUGUACAGGAGUCAUUGAAAAGAUCAUUAAAUAAAGAAGUAAAGAUUGAGCCAUCUGCUGCAUUUUAUGCAAGGAUAGCUGGCGCCUCAGAAAAGGAUAUAGUGCACUCAGGAUUGGAAUAUACGAUGCAAAAAUCAGGAGAAGCAGUUAUCCAGACUGCACACAAGUAUGAUUUGGGACUUGACUUAAGGACGGCAGCUUACGUCAAUUCUUUAGAGAAGAUCUAUAGGACGUACAGAACCUUGGGUUUCACAUUUACCUGA